UGCAAUAUCUGCACUUGAGAAACUGUGGAUGAGUAUUUAAACAUUUGUAUCCCAUGCAGUCCGCUUCUUACUCACGAUUAAACAUUUAAAACAGAAAUAUUUGUAUUUUACCGUGGUCAAUCACAAUUGAUGUAGCUAAACAGGGAUCUGAGUCGAUCGUCGAUAGUCGCUCACAUAGUACAGCGAGUUGUGACAGUGCUGAACUCGAGAACUGUCAUCUGAAAAGGAGCGUGCUGCUGAGUGCUCGCGCUGUUAGGAGAGUAUCAACAAGACAGAGAUACCCGGAAGGCACGAAAGUUAAUUUAGGUGACUAGAAUGAAUCGUUUCAAGACCUCCAAAUUCAAAAACACCACCCCGAAGAUCGUCAAGAAAGAUGGCUGGAUCAGUAAUAUCCGGGCAGGAUCCUUCACCUCUCAGGGGAACCACAUCAAAUCCAGCCCCAGGCUUGUGGCCUUCAACACUGACCAGGCCGGUGGAGGAAUGCUCGGCCUCACCUCUGUGGAACCAGGGUCUGAUGGCAAGUGGACAGUGACUCUGAUCCCAUGUCAUGCUGAUCUGAUAACUGAUUUGGACUUCUCUCCGUUUGAUGAUAAUCUCCUGGUUACCUGUUCUGCAGAUGAAACGGUGAAGCUGUGGCGUGUGUGUGAACCAGAACAGGAGCAGCCCGGGGGGGCAGAGGUGACCCUGUGUCCCGGAGAGGGUCGUCUGGAGCUGGUCUCCUUCCACCCCACCUCCUCUGGCCUGCUGGCUGUAGGCUCCACCAAGACAGCCCAGCUCUGGGAUGCCAGCCGCCAAAACUCACCGCUAGCAGCUCUGGAGCCGCACGGUGAUCAGCUGCAGAGUCUGAGCUGGAAAGAGGAUGGCUCCCUGCUGGCUUCCUCCUGCAAGGACAAAAAGCUGCGAGUCUUUGACCCAAGAGCCCAGCUGACACCUGUUCAGAGUGCCCAGGGACUUCAGAGUAACAAGGACUCUCGAAUCCUCUGGGUCAAGGACUCUGACCACAUACUGACCACCGGCUUCGAUCAGAUGCGUGGUCGGGAGGUGAGACUGUGGGACAGCAGGAAGCUGGGAUCCUCUCUGGGCUCUGCCAACCUGGGCACCUCCAACGGGACUCUGAUGCCUUUGUUUGACCCUGACUCAGGUCUCCUCAUAGUAUCAGGGAUGGGAGACAGUGUCAUUGACUGCUUCGAGGUGUCUGCCAGUGAACCAUUCCUUUCCCAAGUAAGCCACUGUCUGACGGACGCCCCAACGCGAGGUGUUGCCAUGGUACCCAAGCUGGCGUUGGACGUCCUGUCCUGUGAGGUCAUGCGGGUCCUGCAGCUGACAGACAGCUUCAUCGUGCCAAUCAACUACCACGUGCCCCGCAAGUCAGGACAGGAGUUCCAUGCAGACCUGUACCCAGACACCUUGGGCCGGACGGCAGCCAUGUCAGCUGAGGAGUGGUGGAAAGGUGGCGAGAAACAGGUUGAGAAGGUCAGUGUCAACCCAGCCAAUCGUCGGAAGCCUAACAACGCUAAGCCAGCCAAUCAGACGCCUGCUAAGAAAGAGCUGCCCAGUGGGAGGAGCAAAGAGGAGGCUCCAGUGCGAGGCUGCUCUACCUCCAGCAGUCCCCUGAGCUCCCCCAGCAGCAGUGCUGCCCUGUCCCGCUCCCCCUCCUCCACCUCUGGCCUCUCCUCAGGAUUCCUCCCCAGCCCCAGCCAGAGUGCCAAAGCCAUCAGCAGUAUGUUGGGUCCCAGCAGUAAGUUCCGUCACCUGCAGGGUGUGGUGCUCCACAGAGACACCCACUUCACCAACCUGAAGGGGCUCAACCUCACCACACCCGGGGAGUGUGAUGGCUUCUGUGCCAACCUCCAUCGCGUGGCCGUGCCCCUCGCCACCGCCGGGGGUCAGAUCGCCAUAUUUGAGUUGUCUCAGGCUGGGAAGCUAGCGGACACAGGCCUGCCCACCAUCCAGAACUCUGUCAACGUGGCUGACUUCUCCUGGGACCCCUUCAACAGUCACAGGCUGGUGGUGGCGGGCGACGAUGCUAAGAUCCGUGUGUGGCAGGUGCCUGAGGGGGGUCUGACAGAGACCCUGACCGAGCCAGAGGCCAUCCUGCAGGGCCACACUGAGAAGAUCUACUCAGUCAAGUUCCACCCCCUGGCGUCGGGCCUGCUGGCAUCCUCCUCCUACGACCAGACUGUGCGCCUGUGGGUCCUGGAGUCUGGGGACGAGGUCAAAGUGCUCCGGGGACACCAGGAUCAGAUAUUUGGGAUGGCGUGGAGUCCAGAUGGUAAACUCCUGGCCACGGUGUGUAAGGAUGGGAAAUUGCGCAUCUACGACCCUCGCAAGUCUGCUGACCCAGUACAGGAGGGUGCAGGUCCUGAGGGCCACAGGGGGGCUCGUGUGGUGUGGGUGUGUGACGGCAAAUACCUGAUGGUGUCGGGUUUCGACAGUCGCAGUGAGAGAACCCUGUACCUGCACUCCGCUGAGUCCCUGUCCUCCGGGGCCAUCGCCAGCGCCCCCACCGAUGUCUCGCCCUCCACCCUCAUUCCCUUCUACGACCCCGACACCAGCGUCGUCAUCCUCACCGGAAAGGGUGACACGCGAGUGUACAUCUUUGAGAUAGUGCCAGAGGCUCCCUAUUUCCUGGAAUGUGCCAGCUUCAACUCCUCAGAGCCCCACAAGGGCUUGGCCUUCCUGCCGAAGACUGAGUGUGUGGUGCAAGAGGUGGAGGUGGCCAGGGGUCUGAGGCUCAGUAAGACCUCCAUAGAGCCAGUGGCCUUCAGAGUCCCCCGCGUCAGAAAAGAGUUCUUCCAGGACGAUGUGUACCCAGACACAGCAGUGUGGUGGGAGUCCUCUCUGACAGCCUCAGCCUGGCUGGCUGGUUCUGAUGGGAAGCAUCGCUCCAUCAGCCUCAAGCCCAAAGACAUGACCCCAGUGAGUGAGGCACCCAAGGAGGUCCAAGUGAGAAAGUACCUGCCAUCCUCUCACUACCUGGAGGAGAAGACUGACGAGCAGAAGAAAGAUGAGCUGUUGAGUGCCAUGAUAGGCAAGCUAGGGAACAUGGAUGACAACCCUUUACCACAGGAGUCCUUCCAGGGAGUAGAAGACGAUGAGUGGGGUGACUAGUGUGUGUUGCCUUGCGGACCUGCUUGCGGUGCCAGCAGUAACCAAGGGGCCUGCUGGACUGAAACUUGCCAUUCCUGCGUGCCACUGAUGCAUCCUAUGUCAAAAAUAAUAAUAAUAAUAAUAAUAAUAAAACAUCUCCCAAACACCUAACAUUAAACCUUCCAGAAAUCCCAGUUGGAGAAUUGUGUGUGUGGAUUUCCUGCUUAUUUUCCUGGGACUUUUGGGGAAUGUUACCAGACUUGUGCAACCCUACCGCCCAUAUCCCCAUAUCAUCCUCUAAUACUCUGAAUAAGUAGACGUUGCCUUUAACCAUUGGCUGAUCUAGGAUCAGAUAUGUUUUCCUCUCCAUAAUGGUUAAGUUAGGAUUGGAGGUUUGGAAUCUGAUCCUAGAUCUGUGGUUAAAGGCAACCUUACCUCAAUUCGACCUUUGACUUGCAGCUGCCUUGUACUGUAAAUAGCUAACAUUCCUACUAGGCUAGAUAGUUAAAUGACUCCCAACACUUCCUUACAACCCAGCCCUUACCUCCACACUGGAUGGACACCUGUGUGUCUGUCUGUAUGUUACCACUCCUAACCUUACACCUGUGUCAUAAUAAUAAUAAUAAUAAUGACUAGACCACUGCUUGCUUUUUUGGGACAAUAUGAACCGAACUCCAUAAUCUUUGAAACACAGUAACUAUAGAAAAACUCAAACGCAUGCUCUUGAAUACAGUAUCUAUGGUCUUCCGGAUUUACCACCACCUAUGCAUCACUAUAUAUUGACAGACACAAACACACACACACACAUAGACUCACACUCACUCACUCACUCUCCACCUCUGCACCUGGAUAUCCCAUCUGCACCUCCAGCUCCUGUAGUCCGUGGAUGUUAGAUGGUCAGUGAUAUCCCCAUACAGUCUCAACAAGCACACAGCAAAAAAACACAGACAGGGUACAACAGGGUAAAUAGGCUUCAGGUUAAAGCAUGACUUUGAUUUCUAUUGAUAGAAAUAUAAUAUUAUUUUGUUGUUUAGGUAGCUUCAUUCUCUGGCCAGUGAUAAAGAACUACUAGCAGUCCAGUACCACUCCAGGGUCGUGUUCAUUAGUCACCAAACGGAAGAAAACAACCUCAAACAGGGAGGGAUUACUUGGACUUGUCCAAUAAGAAACGCUUAUUUUCGUUUUCCGUUGCAAAGCGUUUCAAAACGUUUUCCAUUGCUUCCCCUAAUGAAUGCGACCCAGGUGCAUAUCUUAGUUCCGCCAGCUGAUCUUGGGAGAUAGUGUAUAGCAUUGGGGCUGUGCUCUGUUUUGGGGGACUCUUAAAUGUAUGUGACGUUCUUACAUGUGGGUGUCAUGUAUUGAAAAGCCAAAACACCUUCUGUGGGAGUUCUACAGGAGUGUGUCUGUGCAUCUCUGAGGUUGUAAUAUGGUGGAGAGCAGUAUGUAUCUGUACGUUUCUUUCUAGAUCGAUAGACUAUAUAACUGGAAUUCCUGUACCUCAUAUGUUAACACUUGGUCUUAAGACUGUUAUUUAAGUAUUCCUCGCUAAAGGAGCUCAUUCUUUUAUUAUACUGUAGUAAACAAUCAUUCUGUUUAUUUUUCUUGAAAACUUACAGUAUUAAUACUAUAUGAUGCAAUCACAGCAGCCAUGAUCAAGGCUAGUACAGCACAAGGCAAUAAUUGUAAUAGGCUAAUCCAAGUCUGAUCGAACCAAUCAUGUUGUUUACAAUGACAGAAAGACUGGAACCAACCAACCAACCUUGAAUGGUAGUCAGACUCACUGAGUUUACACAGGCAGUCCAAUUAUGAUUAUUUUGCCACUAAUUGGUCUUUAAACCAAUCAGAUCAGAGCUUUUUGCCAAUACUUGGGCAAAAUAACAGAAUUGGGCUGCCUGUGUAAACGCAGCCAUUGUGUAGUACUUGAAAAGUGAACACACAUCCAUGCAUUGACUGUAGGGCCUAGAUAUUGUUGGUGUCAGUGACUGUGUGUGUCAUGUGUUUUGUGCCUGCAAUCUCUCAAAUGUCUUACAUUGUUCUUUGGGAUAUUAACAAAAAUAAAAAUCUGUUCUUUUUUUUAUACUUUGAAUAAUGCAUUAUUUCUCUGUCCAUCUUAUGAAUAACGGUUUUGUGGGAAUGUUCAUGUUGCCUUGCAAUAAACAACUUUUUCAACCUUGUA